GUCCUCCAGAAGCUGGGGAAGGCGGAUGAGACAAAGGAUGAGCAGUUUGAACAGUGUGUCCAGAAUUUCAACAAGCAGCUGACCGAGGGCACCCGACUGCAGAAGGAUCUCCGGACCUACCUGACCUCAGUCAAAGCCAUGCACGAAGCCUCCAAGAAGCUGAACGAGUGUCUGCAGGAGGUAUAUGAGCCUGACUGGCCCGGCAGGGAUGAGGCAAACAAGAUUGCAGAGAACAAUGACCUGCUAUGGAUGGAUUUCCACCAGAAGCUGGUGGACCAGGCGCUGCUGACCAUGGACACGUACCUGGGCCAGUUCCCUGACAUCAAGUCCCGCAUCGCCAAGCGGGGGCGGAAGCUGGUGGACUACGACAGUGCCCGGCACCAUUACGAGUCCCUUCAAACUGCCAAAAAGAAGGAUGAAGCCAAAAUUGCCAAGCCUGUCUCGCUGCUUGAGAAAGCCGCUCCCCAGUGGUGCCAAGGCAAACUGCAGGCUCAUCUCGUAGCUCAAACUAACCUGCUCCGAAAUCAGGCCGAGGAGGAGCUCGUCAAAGCCCAGAAGGUGUUUGAGGAGAUGAAUGUGGAUCUUCAGGAGGAGCUGCCAUCCCUGUGGAAUAGCCGUGUAGGUUUCUAUGUCAACACGUUUCAGAGCAUUGCAGGCCUGGAGGAAAACUUCCACAAGGAGAUGAGUAAGCUCAACCAGAACCUCAAUGAUGUGCUGGUCAGCCUGGAGAAGCAGCAUGGGAGCAACACCUUCACGGUCAAGGCCCAGCCCAGUGACAGCGCCCCUGCAGUCGGGAACAAGAGCCCUUCGCCUCCACCAGAUGGCUCCCCUGCCACCACCCCUGAGAUCAGAGUCAACCACGAGCCCGAGCCGGCCAGCGGGGCCACAGCCGGGGCCACCAUCCCCAAGUCCCCGUCUCAGGUAGGCAUGAUGCGUCAGUGGCCUGUUCCUCCCAUCCUUCCUCUUCCUCCUGCUUUGCCAUCAUCCCCCUCCCUCCCAGUCAUCUAUCCCCUUCCUGGGCCUAGGCCUGAGCAG